AUUGGAUUGGCUGACAGCUCGAAAAUUCUUGUUAGCAUCUCAUGAAUGAUCCACAGGCAUGACACAGGCUUCUUUCUGCUGGUUUACAUUAUCUGUUGGAAAAGCUUCCUUUGAUUAGGGAAAUAUAUUUAGCAUUUCGUUGAAUAUGAGCUUCAAAUAACUAAAGGCAAAUUCCAUAUUUUUUUGUAUUCCUGAACUUAAGCAGACAUGUCCAUCAAAUGCGAAAUACGUUCGCAACAGAUAAGUUGAUGAUGUCACAUCAGUACAAAGAGAGCCCUGAGAUUCUCACAUUUCUGUAUUGGUAAUGGGUGUAUUUUCACUUGAAAGUAGUUCACAAGCUUCAAUAUUGCAGAAAACAUCAGUUCGUCUUAUUUCACCUUUUAUUAUUCUCACGUACACACUUAGCUUCUCAUUUAAAACACUUAAUACAAAAAUUGCGAUUUAUAUCGUUGUGUAUCCACUACUACGUCGAUUUUCAUGUCGACCUGAAACACCGUGUUAUUUUUCUUUUUCUCGCCACAGUUAUUCAAAAACACAUGAUCGGACACAAGUCGCAAAUAAAGAAAUUUGAUUAUUAAAUUAAUUUGAAGAUAGUGUUUAGCCUGUCGUGACCAGAAGUUUCAUAAGUAUCCAAACCAAUCUAAAGAUGCUUAAUCGCGAGGUGACAGGGUACUAGCGACAAAUUAUUGCGCAACAUAAAAGUAAUAUUUGAUAAGGUGGAACUUACGGCUACUGCGCUUUAGACAGUUCACAAAGACGUGAAACUCAAUGGUGCUUCAGAAGUGGUCAGUUAGUGGCGUUAGUACCAAGAGGUGUCGUCACUAGUGAAAGUGUCUUGGUGCGGCUGGUUCCGUGCCAGGAAUUCUGUUGUGCAAGUUACAGUCCUUGCACGCCAAGCCGCCUAUUGUUUUUGACGGUGGCACAUGGAUGUGUUUGUAAAUAAGCCGUCGAUGGCGCGACAGGGAAGGCGAGGCCCGCUACCGGCCAUCAUGCAGUCUUAUGACAGUCUCUCUGAAACUCAGGUAGUGGGAAACACGGUUAACCACGAUAGCAUAAAACUGUAUCACCCCGGAACAGACGGCGUCACCAUCACAAAUCAGUUUACGAGCUUAAAAUUAGGAUCGCAGAACGACGAUAAUGCCACAAACGGAAGCAGCUUCCUGCUCAUCGACGACCAAGAAAAUCUUCAGGUGACGUCCGCUGAACAGUUGGCCGGCAGGUUAGGUUGUGGUCCUCAGGCAAGACUGAAGGUAGUGUCUGUCCUUGGAAAUGCCGGAGAUGGCAAAUCUCACACGCUAAAUCACACCUUCUUCUGUGGUCGGGAAGCAUUUCGGACGUCGGAAGGACAGGACUCCUGCACGAUGGGGGUGUGGGCAGCUCUAGAGCCUUCCGGCACAGCCAUCUGCCUCGAUACGGAGGGGCUGCUGGGAGGAUCAGGCAUGGAUGAAAAUAGGAGAACACGACUCCUCCUUAAGGUGUUGGCUGUCUCGGACGUUGUGAUCUUCCGGACACGGGCCGAGCGCCUGCACCGCGACAUGCUAGUCUUCCUGGGCUCCGCAUCGCGUGCCUACUCGCAGCACUUUUCCGCUGCCCUCCAGGCGGUCAGUGGGAAGCUGCGCGCCCUGGGGGGAGCGUCGAUGCCCUCCCUGGGACCGUCUGUCAUCAUCUUCCAUGAAACUCGACACACCAGGCCCCUGCAGCAGACAUUAGACGAAACCCCCGAGGACGUGCUGCGGACCAGGUUUGCACAGUGCGGCCUCGAGAUGGACGCCUUCAGCUCGCUGCACUAUGUGGGCAUCCAGACGGUGAACCAGGCUACUGACUUUGGGCCCCUGAGGUUUGCCGUGCGGUCAGAAUUAGACAACUCUUCUGUCAGGUCCCCACGGCCUCCUGCACUGGUCUUCCACACUCUGAAGGUACUGAACGAGAAGUUCAGUGGAGAGAUGGAGGUGCAGCCACGCACGCUGUUUCCUGACCAGUACUUCAGCUGCCCAGCCCGUUGCCUGUCUUGCGAGCGGCGCUGUGAGGCUGGCAUGGGGCAUUCCAAAGAGGGCCGGCCCCACAUGUCAUCUGGCCGCUGCAGGUUUCAGCACCAGUAUGAGAACUGCCAGUACAUCUGCAAGAUAUGCUAUGGCAAUGGGAUGGAAGUUAUUGUGACCCCCUGCCUCACAUCCACAUCGGACACGUCGUGGUUUGGAUUAGCAAAAUAUGCAUGGUCUGGGUAUGUGAUAGAAUGCCCAAAUUGUGGAGAGAUCUACAGGAGCAGGCAGUUCUGGUACGGAAACAAGAAUCCGGAGGAUGCGGCAGUUCGCACAGAGAUACGGCACGUGUGGCCUGGGGGUACAGGUGGUAACCUCAUCGGCACACAGAAUGCCGCCCGCAAAGUCCUCGAUGGUGUCAACUACAUAUCGGAAGCAGUGGCGAGUGUCGGGUCACCGCCUACCCGGCUCCUCUCCUCCUGGGUCACAGACCAGAUUGCUCCACGCUAUUGGAAGCCUAACAAUGAAAUAAAGGACUGCAGCAACUGCCACACAUUUUUCGAGAUGGGUGAUACCAAGCAUCACUGCAGGGCGUGUGGUGAGGGGGUGUGUGAGAACUGCUCAAGUCAUCAGAUGGAGGUUCCAGAGCGGGGCUGGCAUUACCCUGUCCGGGUGUGUGAUGAGUGCUACAGUAAAGCUCAGAGUGAGAAACAGCAGCAGCCACAACAGCAGCAACGAGCUCCACAGCAGCAGGCUGUCAGCCAGUCGGCAGAGGAGGAGGCGGAGGUGCGUGCCCGCAAGGUGGGAGAGGCAGUCAUCAGCACCCUGAGCAGUGUCGCAGCAGUGCUAGAGUACCCGAGAGACCUGAUAAAAGAGAGUGCCCGGCCGAGCUACUGGCAGCCGGAUGGAGAGGCGACGGGUUGCAACUGCUGCGGUGCCACGUUCGGUCCACGUCUGUCGCUGCACCACUGCCGCGAUUGCGGUCGUGCUGUCUGCCGGGACUGCUCGCAGAGCCGACGGCCUGUGCCCAUCCGAGGCUGGGACACGCCUGUCCGCGUUUGUGACUCGUGCAUUAAGAAGGCCUAGCAGGACGCUGACAUCAGCACUUUGCCAUUUACGUCAACAAUGCUGCGACACUAUACAUGGGACCGACAGUUGCAUGCUUUCACCACAAUUAUCUGUUAUAACCUGAGGUUGUGUGCUCAAUCAUAAUUGUUUCCAAUGCAGCUUUCUUUGUGAAAGCUAGAGUAAAGCUACAGUAUAUUAUAAAAGUACAAAAAAAAUCAACUACAUGAUGUUCACAAAUAAUCAAGGGCAUACUAUGUAGUUAAAAGUAGUACUCCUCCUAAAGAAGAGAUGUAUAACCAGAGUUUACUUCUGUUUGUGCUGUUAAAAGAAAAAGAAGUGUUACACUCUAAACCUAUAGCAGACAAUGCUAAGAAGUUAACAUUGUUGAACUGUUACCUAUAUAACAUCACAAGAUUUUAGCCUCAUGGAAAUAGAAAUUUAUCUCUAUUUUUAUAUAUUGAAGGAUAAAACAUGAAGAUAUGAAAGUAAAUUGAUAUAGUUAAAGUAACAAGAGUAUAUCAGUGGCAUAUUUACAAAACUAUCUUAUGCAAAUUUAUUUCAUAUUCAUUUGUCUUCCAUUUAUUGCACAAGUUCAGUUUCCAUCUUUUUGUGCUGUUUUAGUAAGCACCCUAAACGAGGCCAGCUUGUGUUUCUUAGAAUUCAGUGCCGAAUAGUCUCGGGCAUGUCUCAAAUUCCCACGUACUUUUUCCUUGCUUGUAAUUUUGUGUGGGUUGCACCUUCUGGUGGACACUGGCAUAUAUUUUUGCUCACUUUGUAAGAAUUAGGUGCCAUCCAUGACACUGACUGUUGUACUAUCAGAGUAUUGGGCAGGGCAAAAAGAAAGAUACAAGUUCACAUAAUUCAAUGAAGAUAUGGUAGAAGACCAAACACAGAAACUCAUACAAGAUCUCUGGAAUCUGAUGUUACAGUCAUUCAAUAUGAGAAAUGCAUAUCGUUAAAUGUUAUCAAAAUUCUUGCCAAGCAUAACACUUUACUGUAUGUAGAUUCAAAACCAGUAAGCAUGAGAUUUUUUAUUUCAGAAAUCAUACAAGGGGGAUCACCUCUGGUGCACCUGUGAAAUGGAAGAACAUCCAUCUUCUUACCAAUGCAAUGAUGAAGUAGGUGUUUUAAUAUCACAAUUUGUGGUGACGUUGAUGCGGUGAAGAAUGUACUGUCUCCAGUCCUCAUCAAAUUGUAGGAUUAGCCAGUCUUGUAACAUUUUAAGAUGUUCCAGCAGUUCUGUUACAUCUCUAGGUUCUCCAUAUAUCAUAUCAUGGCGAUUUACUUUCCCUUUCAUCUGAAUUGUAUCUUCACCAAAGAAACAAAAUUAUCUGGAAAACUCUCAUCCUCCUUGUCACUGUGUUAUCAUUUGAUGUAAGACUAUGUAAUAACUUUGACUGACACAGCUUAAAAUUCAUUUGCUUAUCAAAAAGGAUACCACGGAAGUUUCCAGAGGAGCUGCAAAUUAUAACAUGCAUUAUGCAUCAGUUCUGCAGAUUUUUUGUGUGACUUCCCUGAUUUAUUGCUUAGAUAGAGCAAUGCAUUGCUCUUUUGUUUAUGCAUAGGUCAUGUCUCUUAACAAUGUUAAAGAACCAUCAUUGUCAUAGCAUAGAGCUGUAAUUAUAAAACUUGCAGUUGGGGUUGUACAAAUGCAACCAAAUCCAUUUUUGCCAUUUCCAGUACACAUUAUGCUUGCUACAGAUGUGUUAAUUUCUCUCUCUCACAUGAUCAUAAUGUUAAUGUCAGAAGCACUCCUGUCAUGUCAGUGGCAUGCAAAUUAGAGAUAAAGCUUCCAGAGGUUUUGUUUAGAGUGGUACUUUGUGCAAUCUUCUAUUGUACUUACUCAGUUGUGAUAAUUGUUUCAUUCUUCUUAACUGAUCCUGUAUAAAGACAUCAUUGUGGAACAGAGGGGUCCAAUUAGAUUCUAUGCCCUGAUACAAAACAACAAAUUAUCUGCCAUUUUAUAAAUAAAACGAGAUUGUUAGAACAUUGGUACUACUGGGUGCAUUUGUGUGUAUCGUGUGGUGCAGUCUUUUGUGUCUGGAGAUGAAAUUAAAUGAUGAGUACCUCUUUUUGCUGGUUUCUCUUCUGAAGAAUUUAUCAACAUAUUUUUAUAAGUAGCAUUAACAAAUGAUAAGAAUAUACAAUCUUCGUAAUUUCUCUUGAAGGGAAGCCUUGUGAACCCCGUGUGUGGUCAUGAAGGCUGUAGGUAAAGAUACAUUAUUUGCAAAAACUGCUAGGUUAGUAGUGUCUACAUCGUAAAUGGACCUAUUGUUUUUUAAUACAAUGAGGAGUUACAUAUAUGACUGUUUCAUUGUUGGAAUCAUUAUUUGAUAUGAACAGACAUUUUUGCAUGUUUCAAAGAAAAUUGUUUAAGAGAUGCAUAAGAUUUUAAAAGGUAAAGGAACCUUCUCUUGUCUUUAAAUUUUUCUGUGUGUGAUUCUUGAAGAAGUGUGAUUACUUUGCCAAAGUAAGGAUUUGAAAGUUGAUUGCUGAUAGCUCUGGAUUGUUGUUUGUAUUGUGGAGGUGAUCAGAAUUGUAAGCUCUUGCCGAGUAGGGUGUGGCAAUUUUACUUUGUCCAGUAUGUGCAUUUCAUUUGUAAUACAGAAAAAUUUUCAGUUACUUGAAAAUUCUGUCAAUGAGUGAAAGGUGUAAUCUAUGUACUAAUGAGAUGUACUCACAGACCAAAGUAAUUGUGAAGGGAAGAAAGAGCUAGCUUGCUUGCUAUGUAGUUGUUUGUGUAAAGACACUGUGUUGAAGAUACGUGGAACCAUUCCAUAAUGCCUAGUCCUUCAUAGUGUGUGAAUUGCCGUUUUAAUAGAUUACUUUAAGCAUUUUCUUAAGUUCCUUAAAAUGUGAUGAUACUUUUGCUCUGCGCAUUCAUUCAGCUCGCUUAAUAUUUUCUUGGGUUUGUAUCAGUCAUUCUCUUAUUGAAACAUAUAUAAUUUAGUGUUUUCCACUGUUGAAAAGUCAAAUGUUUGUUGCAAUUGGUUUUCCCAAGGGCCACAUAUUUAUCACAACAGAGCAUACAAUUUCGUAUCAAUACAUUCCUUUCUCAUAGUGGAGAAACAGUUGCAGAAAGUGUUGCAUAUCAUCAGAAAUUGCUUCUGGAUAUUAAUUAUUGUGGUUAUUAGCAGUUCACCACCAUAAUGGAAUAAUUUUGUAGUGACAUCAGUUGUUCAAAAUCCUUAAGAGCUGUGCACUGUGCACAGGAUGUCCCACACAUUGUGGGCCAUCAUAAUAUUUAUCCUGCAUUUCCUGUUGCUACCUGUAACACUUUCUCUACCAUGGUAUUGAAGCUACUAUAAUAUUUAAUACACCUUAUACUGCUCUUUUACAUGUAAUGGCAUCUGAUAGCUUCUACAGGGAAGUACACAGUCAGUGUUUAAAGUGAAAACUCAUAAAAAAUAAUCAGAAAUGUGCAAUAAGUUAACUCCCAGACUGUCAGGAACUCUUCAUCAUCAGAAAAUGUAGAGGUGGGGAAAAUUUUUAGCAGGUUGUCUUGGGCUGGAAUGUAUGAUAGAGCAGUCAUUAACAUCUGUACAUGGAUAAAUUUAAAUUUAACAAAUUAAUCCAAAAGAAGAAUGAUCAGUGUACAAGAAAGUGAGCAACACGGUGUAAAGAGCUCUUAAGGAAGUUAUUGGCAGCCUGAGAAACAAGCAAAGUGUUCCUUCCCAACACUUGGUGGGUGCAGGGACGCCAACAAGCAUAUAACAGGUACUUAACAUUUAAAGCGUAGCAUGUUUCUGCAUCUCCUGAACAAAAAAUAACAUUUGCAAAUAUUAAUAAAUGCCAUAUCACUGCACACUUCUUUUCCUGAGCUUUCAAAUGCCAUUACCUCAGUAGAUAAUGUAAUAAAUAACUGUUCCAUUACCGUUAGGUUUUGGGAGUUAAGUCCUUGAACAACAUUUUAAAAUUUUCCAUUUUACUGAAUAAUGGCCUUGAGGAACAUCAAUUGAAAGUCAACUUUUUCUUGUAUCAUGAACUGUGCCAUUACUUUGUUAAAACUGAAAGCCUUCAUGUUUUCUUCACUUCUCCCCCCCCCCCCCCCCCCCACCACCUCCCAAAAUGCAUACAAACACACAAAUUAAAUGAAGCCUGCCGCUACAGCGCUAACAGCAUUUCUUUGUGCUACCAUCAUCAGCACAUACUACUUACACCAACUCUGCUACAUACUUCAUAUUGAUUUGUGGAAAGGAAAUAUUAAGUUAGCAUAUAUAUCAUAGGUUUGCAGAAGCUUCAGGUGAGCAUAUUAGUUACUCUAUUUUAGCACAAGGUCUACAUAUUUUAAUUUUUUGUGGUAUCAUGUUCCCCUUUUUAUGUGUGUGUAGUUAAGCUACAUUGCUACUGAUAAUUAUUUCCAUGUGAAUAUAUUUCUCAACCUAUAGGUUCAUUUUGUGAAGUUCAUAACAUGUCCACCUGUUUGGGCAUAAUAGUAAUAAAUUGAUUUUCUCAACAAGGACUUACCUAUUUCUCCAUUAGCUACUUUGCUCUUUAUGCAUUGUGUUUUUACUAUUUCUCUGUUGGAGAACCUGGUGGGUUCUAGUGUCUAAUUUUCACUCUUUUUUUUAGAAGUCUGAAUCACAUCCAUAUUGCCAAAUCAUCUCUGGCUUGAUGUUAGAUAUUCACUGUUGUCUAAAAUGUAAGUAUGCAUCUUUGUCAGCUUUUGUUAUAUCCAUCAUCUUCCUUGUCUUCUGCCUGUACCCAGAAAACAAAACUAAUGCAACUUGAGGACUUGUACAUGUUGAACAACUUCUGGUCCAACAAAGACUAUGCUCAGCAACUUGGCCUUACCUCAUAUAGUUGAAAUACAGAAAAUAAGUAGAAACCCAUCAUCUUUUCAAAAGGCAAAUGCUCUCUAUGGCUUGUUUCUCGCAUUCUAAACUGAGAUGCAUUGUGCCAAUGGGUACAUCUUGUGGCCACAAAAAGAAGUGGUACACAAAUACAUGCAGUAACAGGCAGAUAAGUAGUUUUUUUAAUUAUAUAUUUCAGCCUAAGAUCACACAAAGGGAAUCAUCAACAGUUUCGACUUAUCAAGUUUUCCUCAGAUGAUCUAUUUAAAAAGAAAAGGGACAUAGCAAAAUAUUAGGAAAGUAAAUAAUCGUAUAAUCCUACAUAAUUAACUGUAGCGUUCAGUUUAAACAGACAGAGCAUACAUAUAUAUGUUGUAACAGCCAGUUCAACCGAUGAGUCACUCUUUGACAUUAAUGUUUGUAUAGUUGUAUAUAGAAAUUUUCCAGUAUUUUACUAUCCCCCUUUUUCUAUAUUUUUAAAGAAAUCAUCUGAUAAUGACAUUAUAACAAAAGUAACUGCUAAUGAUACCCUUUAAUUGAACAGAUAAAAAAAAUCUACUCACCAAGUGGCGGCAGAACACACACGUAAGACUGUUGUGAUUUGCAAGCUUUCGGAGUCAGUGGCUCCUUCCUCAGGCAAAAGGGUGAAGGACCGGAGAAGUCUAGGAAAAGGGGUACAUUUUGGGAACUGCGAGUCAGGGGAGACUACCACACAGGAAGAGAAGGAAAGAGUCUUUCCUUCUUAUCCUGUAUGGUAAGUCUCUCUUGGUCUGCAGUUCAGGGUGACUUUCCCAAAAUCUAUCCCUUUUCUUAGACCUCUCCAGUCCUUUUCCUUCACUCUUCUUCCUUCCUCUUUGAUCUUUCUUCCUGAAGAAGGAGCCACUUGCUCCAAAAGCUUGCCAAUGACAACAGUCUUCUCUCUCUCUCUCUCUCUCUCUCUCUCUCUCUCUCUCUCUCUCUCUCUCUCUCUCUCUGUGUGUGUGUGUGUGUGUGUGUGUGUGUGUGUGUGUGUGUGUGUGUGUGUGUGUGUGGGGGGGGGGGGGGGGGGGGGGGGCGGGCGCCUCCAUAUUUGGUGAGUAGAUUUAUCUAUCCAGUUAAAUAAUUUUAUCAAUAAUUGUUUUUGUUGUUAUAAUGAUACUCCUUGUGUGAUGUGAGGAUACAACAUAUAAUUAACAUUUUUUUUAAAGCCAGUUAGUGUUUUACUAAGGCUCCACCUUGUCUUUGUGUGUAGGAUUUCAAUUUUUUUUCCGGCAAGGAAGGUACAUUUUACAGUACGUUCCUUAAAUUUCAAAUUUUAAUUUAUUUACAAAUGACUUUAUCUCGUUUUCAUCAGUAGAAGUAUUUAUCCUUAAAGUAGUUAUUCAUUGAUAUGAUGUUCUGAGUAUAAUGGAAGCUUGUAAUACUAUUUUUUCUGUCACUGGACAUUUGCUCUCAGUUUGUCGUGUUGACUGCUAUAUUACCUUUACCAUUAGUAUUUCUACCUUUGCAUCUGCAGCAAAGUGGUAUUCAGCUCAACAUCAGUAUUUAAAUUUUUAUUAGGUGGGCCAUGACAUUGCCACAGCAGAGUUGAGGAAAUGCUUGUUUUAUCACCUUUCUUUGAUUCAAGAAGUGUCACUCUGAGCAAAAUACCUUAUGAAUUACAAUACUAACAUUUCUCUCUCCAAUUUAUCUUCAUUGAAAUCUAAAGAGAAUAGUGUGAUGAACUACUUUGCUUUCUGGUCCCUGGUAAGAUCAUAAAUAUUACACCUUUUCUGAAAUUUGGUUCUACCACUAUAUUCUUCCUGUAUAUUUCCUGGGACAAUGGUUCUUUGUAUCAGCUUCCCUUUUUAACUGAUGUUGGCAACUGCAGUCAUUUGAAUUGUAGAAAUCAUAUAUUGAUUAGUCAAGAUUUCAUAACACAAUUCUGAUUAUAUUUAUUUUAGUGAGAGAUUGUGAACUUACCCAAAUAAAAAGUUCAGGAAUAGUCUCGCCUGAUUUUUUGUUCUCGUCAGUGUUUUAAACACACACAUUCUAAGCAGAUUACCAUUGGUAUCAAAAAUAGGGGGAAAAGGAGCUUUUGAGGAACAUGCAUGCAUUCUCCUCUCAUAUUUCUUCUUUUUACAGUAAUUUCUCUCAUCAUGUCUGAAUUGUUGGAGUCGGAGUUGGGGGGGGGGGGGGGGGGGGAGAGAGAGAGAGAGAGAGAGAGAGAGAGAGAGAGAGAGAGAGAGAGAGAGAGAGAGAGACCUUGCCAUGGCAAGUUUAUUUCUAGUAUUUUCCUCCCUUUACCAAAACAGUUAUGGUUCCUACACAGCUUCUAUUUAUUACAUGAACUGCUACAAUGUGAAAGCACCGCAGCCCUUGUUUGACCCAGGUUUCAACACUUUCCUUAAAAUUUCAAAGUCAAAAAGCAGUUUGCAGCUGCUAAAGAAUAUUCAUCAUCAUGUUGGCUUUCAGUUUAGCAUCUUAAUGGUUAAUACAAACUUUAAUAAAAUUCAUGUUUGAAUGUUGUAAAUUAAGUUACAAACAGUAAUUUAAGAGAUAAAAGGGCUGUGCUUACAAGCAGAAAUCAACAACAAAUUGAAAUAAUGAUAUGAACAGUGAAAUCAAAGCCUUGAGCCAUUACAACUGUAGCCCCCCCCCCCCCCCCCUCUCAUUAAUAUUAUAAGAAAGGCAGGAGUUAGAGAAAUACCCUUUACGAUUACACGAGGGAGGGGGUACUGUUUCUUGUUUGAUUCUAGUAAGCCUGGCCCUUUGACAUAUUUGAUAUGAUUUUAAUGAUAAAUCUAACUCUUUCUAUGCAGUGGAAUGUGACUGACUAAUAAGAAGACUGAUUUUGUAGUAAGUUGUUUCCCUUGGUUUUUGGAGGAGAGAAUUAGGAAGAGAAGAUAAUCUUUUCUGACUGGAUGUAGCAGGGUCUGCACAGGUAUACUAUAAGAAAUGCCACAAAUUUUAUGUGAUGAUAAGAGUGAGGCAGCUCCUCAUUUGUCACAUGUGGUGCUGUUUGUUAUGUAGAUGUAGGCCAUAAGUAACAGCUGGUACAUGUAUGUUAAAAAGAAGAAGAAGAAAUAAAUGGAAACAUUAUUUUAAUUUUCA